AUGACAAAAGGAUUAAGUUUGGCAACAAGUUUUUACACAACAUCAUUAAAGAUAAUUUGUUUUGCUUUGAAUCGUAAAGAUGCAAUGAUUUUACACAAUACACUUGCUAAUUAUUACAUUGUUUAUCUUAAUAAUGAAAAUUUAAAAAAAUUAGUACUCACUGGAUUUAGUGGUAUUCGUCGUUUGUCAACAACAUUUUCAACUCUUGUUUUUUUAAGUAUACUAACAUAUGCAUUCAUACCAAUAAUUUCAAUAUUAAUACAGCUGUUGCAUAAUGAUGGUAAUAAAAUAGUAUUAAUGCUUGCAAUGCCAGCAAAAUAUCCAUGGAAUUCCAUAGAUAAUGGACAAUUAUUUUAUUGGAUUAAUUAUUUAUUUGAAUGUUCAGCUGCAGUUUGUUUGUUUGUUGUAACAUGUAGUGCUGAUUCAUUAUUUUCAUUUUAUGUUUUUCAAAUGUCUGGACAUCUUCGUGUAAUGUCUUGUCAAUUAAAUUUUCAUGAAGAAAAUAUUAAUCAUCAUAAUAUUAUACGUGAGUGUGUUAUUAAGUAUGGAGAUUUAAUUAAAUGUCGUGAUAUUUUACAAAAAAUUUAUGGACCAAUUAUAUUGUGGAUGAUCAUAUCAAGUGCACUAGUUAUUUGUGCUUUGAUAUUUCAAAUGGCUGAGUUGGAAAAAGUAACUGUUGGAGAAGUGUUGCUUUUCACAGCUUACAGCGGUUCAAAAUUAUUGCAAACUUUUAUGUAUGCAUGGUCUGGAUCUGUGUUAACUUCAGAAAGUGAAAAUUUUUUAGACGCUGUUUAUCAAUCAAAUUGGGUUGGAAAAAAUCGUAAACGUUUUCAGACAUCAAUUCUCAUACUUUUAACACAAAAACCAAUCGUAUUAAUUGCAUGCAAAUAUUUUGCUGUAUCAAUUGACAUGUUUGUCAUGGUUCUCAAUACAUCUUUGUCGUAUUUUUUUUUAUUACAAACAAUGGCUGAAAAACAAAGUGCAAAUUUUUUAGACGCUGUUUAUCAAUCAAAUUGGGUUGGAAAAAAUCGUAAACGUCAGACAUCAAUUCUCAUACUUUUAACACAAAAACCAAUAGUAUUAAUUGCAUGCAAAUAUUUUGCUGUAUCAAUUGACAUGUUUGUCAUGUUAAAUCCAAUAACAUUUGGAGCUUUAAUACGAUACUCAGUUUACAGUUCAUCAAAAAUAUUACAAACAUUUUUGUAUGCAUGGUCCGGAACUGCUUUAACAACACAAUGUAUAAAUACAAUUAUGACAAGUUACAUCAGUUGUAAUAGAGAAAAAAAAUAUUUUUUUUCAAUUUUAUCAAUUGUAUUUUUGAUUUAUAACGUGUUAUUAACGAUGAUGGAAAAAGAUAAAAACUUACGUGUAUAUUGGAGCUUUUUUUAUUUGGUGAAAAAAUUGUUAAAUAUCAUGGGUAUAUUUCCAAUAAAUAACACAUCAAUAUUAUAUAAUUUAAAACCAUAUUUUGCAAUGUUCGUUGCAAUAUUUCUCACAAUAAGUAUUGUCAGAUUUGUCAUUGAUCACAUAACUAACGUUGCAGUAAUGACAAAAGGAUUAUCAUUAACAUUAAGUUACAUCACAGUUACUUUAAAGCUUGUGAUGUUAAAAUUUUAUAAAAAUGACAUGAUAAAAUUACAUGAAAGUCUUGAAAAAAAUUUUAAUAAUUAUAUAAAUAAUACUAAAAUUAAAUAUAUUAUAUUAAAAAAAAUUAAUAAUUUAUAUCGUUUAUCAAAAAUUUUAACAAUUGGUGUUGGUGGAAGUUCACUAGCUUAUUUAAUUGUACCAAUAAUUUUUUAUGUUAUACAAUUAUUAAAACAUAAAGAAAAAAUUUUUUACGUAUCACCAGCACCAGCAAAAUUUCCAUGGAGUAAUGAUCAUUAUCAUGUAUUACCUUGGAUAUAUGAUAUGAUAUCAUUUACAAUUGGAUCAAUAACACUUACAGCAACAACAUGUGGAACUGAUGCAUCAUUUCCAUUUUAUUUAUUUCAAAUGUCAGCAAACUUACGAGUUAUGUCGGAUAAAUUAAACAAUAUUAAUAGUGAUGAUAAUUAUUACGAGGCAAUACGUGAAUGUGCAUUAAAAUAUGAAAGCUUAAUUAAAUGUCGUGGCAUUAUUGAAAAAGUAUAUGGGCCAAUUAUUAUAUGGACAAUAAUAUCAAAUGCAGUUAUACUUUGUUCACUUAUUUUUCAAAUGUCUAAAAUGGAGUCAAUUGGUUUAGGUUCAUUGAUUGUUGCUACACUUUAUGCAUCAUCAAAAGCACUACAAACAUUCAUUUAUGCAUCAGCUGGAACAUUUUUAACUUCAGAAAGUGAAAAUUUUAUUGAUGCUAUUUAUGCAUGUAACUGGACAUUGUCAAGUAAACAAAAAUUUAGAACUUCGAUACUUAUUUUGUUGAGUCAAAAACCAAUGAUCAUAACAGCUUGUAGUUUGACUGUUGUGUCUGUUGAUAUGUUUGUUGCGGUACUUAAUACUUCAAUUUCAUAUUUUUUUUUGCUUAAAACAAUGGAGGAAAAAACAAAUUUAAAAGAUGUUAUACCACAAAACAAUGCUACACUGUUUCAGUAA